CAGAUGUGUUGUCAGAUGCAGACAGAGUUUUAUUAGCACUGACCAUCACUGAACCAGAGAACUGUCCUACAGAUGCUCUUCACAUUUUUGCAACUAACAAGCAAGUGUCUUCUCACAACUCUGUAACUCUGUCCAGACUGCAUGCUAACAUGAUAGAAAUUCCAGCAGAUGACUUUAAGAAAGACCCACGAACUGGCAGAAUGGCACGGCUGGACAAACCCUUCAAAGGAGGUAAAAAUGAACUGGCAGACACAAUAACAGUUGCUGAAGGAGCACGAGUCAUGCUGACCAGGAACAUUGAUGUCCAUAACGGUUUGGUCAAUGGAGCUUUUGGUAAACUUGUCAAUGUUGUAACUUCUGACAGUGAUCAACGUGUCGUUAAGGUUGGACUAAAAAUGGACAAUGACACAGCUGGAGGACAAUCUGACAAUGUGGUGUACGUGGAAAGAGUUGAAGCAGAAAGGUGUGGUUCGUCGACAAUUCCCUGUUAAACUGGCUUAUGCAUGUACAAUCCAUAAAGUUCAAGGAAUGACAACAACUAAAGCUGUGGUGUCACUGAAACAUGUCUUUGAGGCUGGUAUGUCAUAUGUAGCCAUCAGCAGAGUCACUUCUCUUAAUGGACUGUUUUUACUGGAUUUUGAUGAGUCUAAGAUUUAUGCCAACACAGAAGUCACUGCUGCACUGGACACCAUGAGACAAGCAAAUCUGGAUGACAUGAUGCCUCUGUUGCUUUUGAAGGACACAGUGAGUAGACCUGAAACUAUGACCAUCAUACACCAUAAUACUGAAGGACUCCCAGCUCACUUAUGUGACAUCAAGAACCAUCAUGAGUUGCAUCUUGCAGAUGUUUUGUGUCUCACAGAAACCCAUCUACAAGGUUCUUUUGUUGCAGAGAGUCUUUAUCUGGAAGGUUACAUCAUGUUUAGCCGGAACAGAUACUUGUCCUACACUAACCAUCCUCAGUUGGCCAAGAGAAGAGGUGGAGGAGUGGCUAUUUAUGUCAGAAACCACAUUACUGUGACAGAGAAGCGCUACAUAAACAAUGUGACUGACCUUGAGUUUGUGGUUCUGAAGGUUGAAGCUCCUGUGACUGCUUUCAUUGUUUCUGUUUACAGGCCUCCAGAUUACUGUCUGACAUCUUUCUUGACUAACUUGGAAAGUUUGCUGUAUUCACUAGAGUUGUUGGACAUUCAUCCCAUCAUUGUCUCUGGUGAUUUCAAUGUAAAUGUUCUGGUUGAUAAAAAUACACCUAUUUUGCAGCUGUUUCAGACUAGAGGAUAUGCACAGGUGAUCACAGAGGCAACAACAGAAAAAAACACUCUACUGGACUUGAUGUUUGUGUCCCGACCAGAACAGUGUCUACAAUCAGGUACAAUGAAAUCAUAUUACAGUUAUCAUGAGCCUGUGUUCUGCAUUAUGUCUUUUGACAGGUGAUGAAUAAAGUAACUUAUACAGGUGAGUGUAAAGACAAAAAGAAAUGUCUACCAAGAAUCAUGUCUUAUAUAAAUGUUCAGAAGUCAAAUAGUAUUAUCCUGAUUACAAGCAUGAUUUUCCCGUAUUUAUAAAUGCAUCACUUUAAGAUUAGUUCAUGUUUGAAGAUCAUCGUUGUUUUGAUUUGAACAGUUGUGAUUGUUGUUUAUUGAAAUAGUAAGUUGUUGAAUUUGUUUGACUUGUUCAAUUAUGGAUUGUAGUUUAUUGAAACGGCGUUUACUGGAAUUUGUUUGACCUGUGCAGUUAUCCGGGUGGUGGGUUUGGGUUGGAUAACUGCACGGGUCAGGCAGCUAACCACAGCUGCUCAAACUUAAAUGUAGAAUCAGAAAGGAUUUCUUCUUAAAUUAACACAUCUUUUCUGAUGUACUGCUCCCUGUCAGCAACACAGCUAUUUAUUUAACUAUAUUUAUUUAUAUAUAAAGAUCUGCUGUGUCAUCAGUAAAAAAAAAAAACUGUGGUUCUGUAUAAGUCCAAAGACAAAUCCUGCAGAUCAGAUAUAUAACAGAUCUAUGACCAUUUUGUUAACUGUCAGCAACAGACAGAAAUAACCAACUUGAUGUCCUCAGUAACCUAUUAGUGGACCAAAUACUGCAGCUUUGUACAUGCAGCUGCCUUGUUACCCAGAAUGAUAAAAGAUUUACAAUUCUUUCAUAUGGUUUUAUGAGUUUUGCUUAACCAAACUUAAAACAUAAAACCCAAUCUUUUCUGAAGUAUUGUUGCUGUUCUGGCAGGGACAGUAGUUCAUAGUUUUAUUCAGUUUAGUGUUUUGUUAUGGGUCACUUAAACUGCCUCAUGUUUUAAUUGACUUGAACCUCACCAGUAAAUUAUUUUAAAGCCGAGGUUCUGUGUUUCUUCUGUAGGAUUUUUAGAAUUUUAAAGAAGAGCUGGCUUUGUCCAUACUCAGAAACUAUAUUAUGGAAUAAGGGCUUUUAAAACACAUAUAUAAAAUAACCAUUUUAAAAUGAAGCAGUGAAAAAAACAGGUUUGGGCCCAUAACCAUUCAAUUUUCUAGCUAAAGUCCUUAUUUUUCUUUCUUUUUUUUUCUUUUUUGCUCUUGUAUUAGAAAAAUAAUUUUAGAAAUGCAUUAGCAUAUUUAAGCUGCCAUGAUUCUGUUUUUGUUACAUUUUCACCAAGCUGUCCGUUGUGUUUAUUUUUUUGAAUUCAGAAUUAUAUUUUUAACUUUUGUGUACUAGGGAUUUGCUUUGGUUUUCUUAGAAAACAGUUUUAGAUUAAUGUUGUAUCGUAUUAUAGUUGCAUAUCGUUUUUUUUUUAAAUUAAAUUAGGAAAAAAAUAUUGAUCAGCAAGUUAAAUAAAAAGAAUAAAAAAAUGUUUAUACUAUUUUUAUACUAUUUUUUACAUUAUUUCUUUGUUCAAAUUGUAUGUUCUAUUAAUAGUUUAAUUUUGCAACUUUUGGAUAAAAAAUAUUACUUAAUGUGAACCAUGUAAACAAUUACAUUUUGCUGAAUGUUAUCCAUGCCUACAUUUUAUGUUACUAUUUUGAAAAUGCUUUGAAACGUGUAUUUUAAAAUGUUCUUUCCCUUGUGAAACCUCCAUUUAUUAAUUAUUAACGACCAAAGACAUUUAUAUUUCAUGUAUUGCAAUGUGGCUGCAACAGACUGGAGACCUGUCCAGGGUGUACCCCGCCUUCACCCAUUAGCAGCCGGGAUAGGCUCCGGCAACUCCGCGACCCCGAAAGGGACAGAGCCUUUAAGAAAAUGGAUGGAUGUAUUGCAAUGUAAAAGGCCACGUUAUCUCUCAAAAACUAAAAAGGAAAGUAAUGAUGCUCUCUCUUACUCCCCUAAAUGCAUUCACUUUUUCACUUGAAAAUUUCUAACUGUUGGAUGUGCUGUUACCUGCCAGUUACUGAUACUUUAAUAUUUUAUUUUAUAAUUUUUUUUUGCCUUUUUUUAUUAUUUGUUUGCUAUGCUGUCAUUUUGAAAGGGGUGGGAAUUUUAUCAAGAUCUUUUUUUAUGACAAAUAUAAAAACCUCCAGCACCAAAUCAACAGAAGUGCAGGUCAGACUUUCACUGCUGGACCUCUCAGAAGACAAGACUUCUUUUUGGUAGCUUCAGACGUUCCUCUCAGAUCUUCUCUGACCUGCAUGGACUCCUCUGCUGUCCUGACCUGUCAUCAUGGCACGCCCUCAAAAAACCAACAACUGCAGCAUCUACCCACAGCUGGUUUCUUCUCCUUCAAUGACAAAGAUCUCUCAAGUCUGCUCACACAGCUUCAUUCAGGACAGCACAGACCUGAAACAGGCCUGUCAGCCUCUGAAACCUGAAAAUGAUGCAGACUGAGAGAAUGCAGCAGCAGUGUUUGAGGUUAGAUCACAGACAAACAUGAACAUUUGGGAUAUUUGUUGCUAUAAAUAUUUAUAAACAUGUUCAUCUAUGUUCUCUCUCAGAACAAGCUGCAUCCUUCUACAUGUGCACAUGAGAACUGAGAGCUGUGGGACUUCUGUUGGUCAUUUGAUAAAUGAUCAACAUUUGCUGCAUGAUAUCCUGCUGCUGCAGAUCACCAUCAUGACAGAGGAUGGACAAAGGACACCAAAGGACA